UUAGAGGCUCCUUCGAUAUACAGCCGUACCUUUUGUCUAAUACUGCGGAAAAGAGUGCUGUUUCGUCGGCGGGAUUACCGGCGAAUCUCUCAUCAUGUUCGAGAAAUCACUGUACGACCUCAUCAGAGGUCUGCGGAAUCAUAAAGGCAGCGAGGUGGAAUACAUUCAGGACAGUCUCCGAGAAUGCAGAAUCGAAAUAAAAUCGCAAGACAUGGAUAAAAAGGCUACUGCUUUAUUGAAACUUAUAUACCUCGAGAUGUUCGGCUAUGAUAUGUCCUGGGCAGCCUUCCAUGUGCUCGAGGUUAUGUCGUCCUCCAAAUAUAUGCAGAAGAGAGUUGGUUAUCUUGGUGCCGUACAGAGCUUCCGCCCAGAUACGGAGGUGCUCAUGCUCGCGACAAAUUUGUUGAAAAAGGAUAUUGUGUCGUCUGACAUACCAAAUAUGUCUUUACCACUUGUGACGUUGCCGCAUAUCAUCACGCCUUCACUUGCAUUAUCUUUACUUUCUGAUGUCUUGCCUCGCCUUUCGCAUUCAUAUGCUGUGGUCCGGAAAAAGGCCGUUGUUUGUCUUUACAGGCUUGCUUUGGUCUAUCCGGAAACACUUCGAGUUGCAUGGCCGAAGAUCAAAGACCGCUUACUGGAUGAUCAAGAAGACAGCAGUGUAACAGCUGCGAUAAUCAACGUUGUAUGUGAAUUGGGAUGGAGGCGACCACAUGACUUUCUGCCCCUUGCCCCGAGGUUCUUUGAAUUACUCGUUGAUGGAGGAAACAACUGGAUGGCUAUCAAGAUAAUAAAGCUUUUUGCAACCCUCACUCCCCUGGAACCACGGUUAAUCCGCAAACUUCUUCGGCCUUUGACGAAGAUAAUACAGACGACUACGGCCAUGUCACUGCUUUACGAAUGUAUCAACGGUGUAAUCCAAGGUGGUAUACUGGACGGCACCGGAGACAUUGGAGAAAGAGACGAGAUUGCCGGGCUAUGUGUGGGAAAGCUAAGGGCUAUGAUUGUCAUGGACACGGACCCAAACCUGAAAUAUGUUGCUCUUCUCGCUUUUAACCGGGUUGCAAUUUCGCACCCUGCGUUGGUUGCGAUGGAGCAGGAUGUGAUUCUGGACUGUCUUGACGAUCCGGAUAUAUCCAUCAGACUUCAAGCUCUUGAGCUUGCUGUGAAAAUGGUUUCUAGCGAGAGCUUGCAGUCGGUCGUGAACCGUUUGAUCGUUCAGUUGCGAAGUUCCCCCAUUGCAACCCAGGAUCUUUCAAUCAAACCCAAGGUUGCAAAAGAAAUCAAGCCGUCUGCUGGAAGUGACGAUUCUGAUUCCGGACGGCAUGAUUCGAAAGCCAACACUAUUCCCUCCCUACCUAAUGAUUAUCGGAAUGAAGUCCUAAGUCGAAUUUUGGACAUAUGUUCCCGCGACAACUACUCAGAAGUGCUCGAUUUCGAGUGGUAUAUCAACGUACUGGUGCAGCUAGUGAAACUUAUACCGCCUGGGGACACAUACGAUAAUCACUACGUUCCAGGAAGUGCUCAUACGGCGUCAGCACAAGACGCCAGACCGGGGAUUGCGUCACGAAUUGGAGAGGAAAUCCGGAAUGUUGCCGUCCGCGUGAAGAGUGCUCGGUGGCACGCAGCAAAAGCAGCAGAAGCACUUGUCCUAUCUGACAAUAGGACAAGUUUGUUUCCGACGGCCUCCACUGUCGGCCUCGGUGUGCUCGGUCCUUGCGCAUGGGUAGUCGGGGAGUAUGCGAACUGCCUCGCUUUCCCUGACCGGACACUCACUUCUCUCAUUGACUCAUCUAACAUAUCGCUACCUGCGAGGAUAUUAUCACUCUAUCUUCAGGCCAUCCCCAAGCUAUUCUUGUUCCUUUCCUUGUCACAUGAUACCAAACAAUGGAACAGCGCCCGUCGAAGCGAGGUAUCACUUCUGUUGGCACGCAUUGUCAGUUUUCUAGAGUUGUUAACCACACACCCUGAUCUGGACGUGCAAGAACGGGCUUCUGAAUUUCUCGAGCUCCUGCGACUCACAACAGAGGCUGUGCAUUCACAAAGCGCGGAAACCGAGGAAGUGCCUCUUUUCAUAUCUCGCGCAUUCUCCGGACUGUUCUCUGGUCUUGAGCUGAACCCGGUCGCCGCAAAUGCCCAGCGAAAGGUUCCUGUGCCCGAAAACCUUGAUCUAUACGAACCCUUCAACCCCAGACUCUAUAUGAUUCUCAGCGAAUCCAGUAAUCUCUCACUUCAUCUAGACAGUGAAAAGAGAUUCCACGAUUUCUAUUACCAAGAUGUCUCAUUGUCGACCAAAUCCGAUGAGUUGAUGCACGACGAUAUAUACCAGCCAAUAUCAUACCAAGAUGCCUCGGAGAAUCUGCUCAAGGACCCCGCCGGGUUGGAAAGGAGAAGGGCAGAGCGCAGAGAACGCUACCAGGAUGACCCUUUCUAUAUCGGAGCUGGAAACGGAUCAUCAGAGACACCAUUUAUCUCACACAAUGUCUACGACACUUCAAGUGGCAGUUUUCUGGACGUCAAUACCAUACCCGUUGUUGAUCUGGCCAUCGAGGAUAUAGACAAAUUACGGUCCAGCCUUCCACCUGAGGGUCUUGGGCGGAAAUCUGGUCCAAGACACGCAAGAGUCGAGGUGAUCACAGACGAAACUAUCGGACCUGAUGAUCCAUCCUUAGGUGGUGCUAGCGAAAGCAGCGAAACUAAUAAAGCUAAGCGGUCUUUACUACAGGUCGAUUCAAGUGGUCUUGGAAGCCUGUCGCUCGAAGAUAAGACUCAACUAGUGCCUGAUGUGGCCCAGAACAUACUGCGCAAAGAGGCUGAAGACAAGGAAAUGGCAAGAGCAAUGCAGGAAGUCGAAAGGCUCCGUCUGGAGAUGCAAAGGGCAUCGGAACGCAUCCAUGCACAAGGCGUUCCAGCGGAGGGCGCGCUGGUCAAAAAGAAGAAGAAAAAGAAGUCGAUCAAAGCGGAUGAUCAACAGCAUGGUGCGGAGCUCCAAGAGAAAGGUUAUGAAGAAUCUGCCAACCCCACGCGCACGAAGAAGACCAAAAAGAAAAAGAAGGUGGCGCCCGCGGCUGCGAGCGAGGGAGCUCAUGAGGGAUAGAGGCCAUAUCUCCGUUUGAUUAGCGACUAGACCAUACUAUUGUAAAUUUCAUUCGAUAAAACAUAUAGGAUGUAAUAUUGGAGAGAUCUACAUGUCGAUUGAUCUCAGU